UAAGGAUAUGUAAUCACCCAUUUCUGAAUCUCUCUCUCCUUGUCUCUUUGUGACUUUGUCCCUGAAGAAACGGACACAGCACUUGCAUCGUUGUCCUGUUUCCCAGGUUCAGAGCGCCACCGCCAGCAACAACAGUCUCUUUCUCUCUCUCUCUCUUCCCCAUAACGUCUCUUUCUUCUCUUAACGUUCAUAAUCUCUCUCUCUCUCUAUCUAUGACGUCUUACACAAUGUCUGCCCCAUAUGUGACGUCCAUCUUCUUCCGUUUUCAAAAGGAAGGGCCCUCGUGAAGUUCAUGUGAAAGCUCUGAGAGAGAGAGAGAGAGAGAGAUCUGAGAUUUGAUGGCAGAAGCGGGUUGCUUGCUUCGCCUCUGUUACAGGAUAACAUAGUGUUUAAUGAAACUCCCCGACCUGCUUUUUUGUGUUUAGCUUUUCUUGUUUCCCUUUGGACCCUGAUCAGUUCUUCAAACUACGAGUGCCCGUUUCAUUUUUCUAGCCCGUUUCGUCCAGAAAACUCAGAGCUGUAAAUUGGUCUCUCUGAGGUAAGCAUUUGGAUUUUCGAGCUUAUUAGCCAUCUGGAAAUUGGCUUACAUUCUGUUGCUUGUGUGGGUCUUUGCCAUUCUGUGGUAAAACGAUGAUUUGUUCUAGCGCCAAAAAAUAAUUGGUUCCGGAAUAGAUUGGUCAUUUUAUCAGUCUCUCUUGUGCUCUGUGAUUUGCUUGUAUAAAUUCCCUUUAUAAUGUCCAAGGCUAGGUGUUGCUGAUACUGCCCUUCCGUGAAGUCCCAUUUGAGUUUCAGAGUCGCCAAAGCCUGAACUUGUGGAUAUUUGCAUUUGAGUGGCAAAUGAUUUGGCUAAGUGCUUUGCACUUGGUGGGUUCUAGUGAGGUUGUUCGUGCAUGUAUGUAAAAAUUUGUUGAUGGGUUGAAUCUAGAUAGCUUGGAUUGGGCAGUAAUAUGAUAGAGAGACUAGUAUUGGUAAAUCCCUGGUCGGCUUUGUUGUCCUAGUAAUGCCAUGAUCAAGGGAACAGAUAUAAAACCAAGAAAAAUGUAAUGUCCACUGCCAUCUUACCUUAAUCUGCUGAAGUCUCUGCCACCUUUAUUUAUAUUCUGAUCAUGAGCACAGUUGUCUGUGACCGGAUACUAAAAGAUGCCAAUGGUGGUAUUAGCGAUCAUCUAAGCAACCAUGUUCAUUUGGCCAAUUGUAUUCAUUUGAAGAAUCAUAUGCAUAAGCAUAGCCCUCUAUUGGCAGAUAAACUACUCAUGAGGGACCUUCAUGUCCUUCAGAGGUCGCGACCUCUCAGGGAUCCUUCUGCAAGUCCACACUCAAGCUAUUCUACUUCUGCUGUCGAUCUACUUUCUAAAAGAGAUGAAAAGUAUGCCAUGGUGCAGAAUGGAGGACAGUCUGUGGGCGUUGAGCAUCAGAACGAUGGUAGAAAGAUGUCAGUAUGCUCACCAAUCGUAGCUAGUUCAUCAAGUGCAGAAGUUGGUCAUGGGGAGGCGAGCAGGCAUAAUGAUGGGGCAGCUCCUGUGAGUGAUGAUGGGAUAAGCAAACGAGUUCGGGAAAACAGGAGAAUCAACGGAUAUGGUAGUAAGUGGAAUUUGGUUACUGGUGGUAAUGAUCAACAUCCACAAGACCAAGAUGAUAAUUCCUUAAUUCAAGAUAUUGUUUCAGGGAACUCUGAACCAAAGGAUGAGACAGCAGAAGAACAAGGCAGGCAUCAAAAAGAUGGUAGCCUCAAAUCUCUCUGUGAGCAGUUAAAUAAUGUCCCAGCUUAUAGUGAUGAUGCAGCAUCAUCUCAUGUCCAUCGUCACGGUAAACGUGAAGAAGCAGAAGCCAGUAUUCAUGGUCGCCACGGUGGAUUUAAUAGGGUAAAAAGAUUCAAGUUUAGAGGGACAACAAGAACUCGAAAACCAAGCAAUUUUGGGGCUAAAAAUGAAAUGUCGGUGGCCUCUAAUUCUUUAGCUCAAAGUUCAGCUCGCCCCAAACAUGGCAUGGAGGAGGGAGAAGAAGGGUACGAUGAGCAGACUGUCACAAGGGUUCCAAGAAAUGGGUGUGGCAUUCCUUGGAAUUGGUCAAGGAUUCAUCACCGUGGAAGGUCAUUUCUUGACAUGGCUGGGAGGAGUUUGUCUUGUGGUUUAUCAGACUCAAAAUUAAUUAAGGGGGGUUCUAUUCCUCAAGGUAGAGAUGCUGCUGAUAUGCCCAUCCUGUCUGGGCUCUCAAGCUCCUAUACUGAAUCUGAUACAGAAACACUACCUUUAUUAAUGGAGGCAUCUGGAUCUGUAGGCAGCACUGAUAAUGCUGAUUGGAUUCAUGACUAUUCUGGGGAGUUGGGCAUUUAUGUUGAUAAUCUACUAAAUUGUGAGAUUGAUUCAGACCUUGCUUCGGAAGCUAGAUCAGGAGAUCAGCACAAGUUUAGACGGCAUCAUAAGAAUAGGCACCAGAACCUGACUCAGAAAUACAUGCCACGAACUUUCAGAGAUCUAGUGGGGCAGAAUUUGGUGGCCCAAGCUCUUUCAAAUGCUGUUGCUAAAAGGAAGGUUGGGUUGCUAUAUGUGUUUUAUGGACCUCAUGGUACAGGGAAAACUUCUUGUGCACGCAUAUUUUCUAGAGCACUAAAUUGCCAGUCUCUGGAACAACCCAGACCUUGUGGGAUUUGCCAUUCUUGUAUUGCAUCUGAUAAGGGUAAGAGUCGCAAUAUAAGGGAAGUAGGUUCUCUUAGUAAUUUUGAUUUCAAAAACAUUAUGGAUCUACUAGACAAUAUGAUUUUGUCUCACCUGCCAUCACAGUACAGGGUUUUUAUUUUUGAUGAUUGUGAUACUCUGUCUCCUGAUGGCUGGAAUGCUAUAUCAAAGGUCAUUGAUCGGGCCCCUAGGCGGGUGGUUUUUGUCCUUGUCAGUUCAAGUCUUCAUGUUUUACCUCAUAUAAUCAUAUCAAGAUGCCAGAAAUUUUUUUUCCCAAAGUUGAAGGAUGCGGAUAUUGUCUAUGCUUUGCAGCGGAUUACAACCAAAGAAGGUCUUGAAAUAGACAAGGAUGCUCUAAAACUUAUUGCAUCCAGGUCAGACGGAUCUUUGAGGGAUGCUGAGAUGACUCUUGAACAAUUGAGCUUGCUUGGGCAGAGGAUCUCUGUUCCUUUGGUUCAAGAACUGGUUGGGCUUAUCUCUGAUGAGAAGUUGGUAGAUCUACUUGAUUUGGCAUUAUCAGCAGAUACAAGUAACACAGUAAAGAAUUUGAGAGAGAUCAUGGGAUCUGGUGUUGAGCCAUUGGCUUUAAUGUCACAACUCGCCACAGUAAUCACUGAUAUUUUGGCUGGUAGUUAUGAUUUGACAAAAGAGAGGCCUAGAAGGAAGUUCUUCCGAAAACAAACUUUGACUAAAGAAGAUAUGGAAAAACUACGUCAAGCUCUGAAGACAUUAUCUGAAGCAGAAAAGCAGCUGAGAAUGUCAAAUGACAGAUUAACAUGGCUAACUGCUGCAUUGCUCCAACUUGCUCCUGAUCAACAGUAUAUGUUAUCCAAUUCCUCUACAGAGACCACUUCUAAGCUUAGUCCCGUUGGCCAAAGUAAUGCUGGUGUAAGAGAGCGACCCAGGAAGAGUAGUGUUGAGCAUGUUGAGAUGCUUAAUACUGAGAGAAGAUUGUCUACACAUGAUACUGGUAUAGAAAACCUUCACACUGGAGGUUCUGCUGAUGUUUAUUGUAAUAAUAAUAAUAGAAAACCUCCACAGGCAUUCAUGCCUUCUGCUGAGAUGGAAAGAAUGAGAGGGAGGCCAUUAUCUGACAGAAUUCAUAUGGAAAUUGAAGAAAUUUGGUCAAAAGUGCUUGAUAGGAUUCAAAUAAGUAGCCUAAAAGAGUUCAUCCACCAAGAAGGAAAGCUGAUAUCAGUCAGCUCUGGUGCAGCAGCCCCAACUGUUCAGUUAAUGUUCAGUUCACGCCGGACAAAAUCGGAGGCAGAGAAGUAUAGAGUGCACAUAUUACAAGCAUUUGAGUCUGUUCUUGGGUCCCCUGUGACAAUCGAAAUCAGAUGUGAACUGAGGAAAGAUGCAGACCAGGUUAACUUGUCACUUGUCUCACCUGGUUAUCAUUAUGGUUCAUCCCAUAUGCAUACAAGUACAGGGCUCCAGAGUGGUAACAGGAUGGCUAUGGCAGGAUAUAGUAAUAAUAUUAACAACAGGCAUUCAACAGAAAGAGAUGGUUUAAUUCAAGCCCAGACGUUGCAGUCUGAUUCAGUUGAACCUAGGAGGAAUGAAAUUGUUGAAAUAUCUUAUCCUGGAGAUCCAAAAGGUAAUGGAUGUAAUGGCAAUAAUGUACAAUAUGAUAGAAGCAAUGGGGGAAGUGCUUGGAUAAGCAAGGCAGAAGCUUUGCAUAAGAAAUCCCCCACAGCUUCUUUACAAGAACAAAGAAAAUUUGGUGGAAAGAAUCAGAGCCAGAGCCAGAGCCUUGUGAGAAGCAAAGUAUCUCUUGCACAUGUAAUUCAUCAGGCAGAAGGUAGCACACAGCAAAAUGGGUGGUCAAAACGCAGAGCAAUUUCUAUCGCAGAAAGACUUGAACAAGAGAAUCUGAAAUUGGAAUCUAGAUCAAGAACCUUGCUUUGCUGGAAGGCAUCUAGAGUAACUUGCAGAAAGCUUUCUCAUUUGAAGAUUAGGACAAGGAAGCCACAAACGUUCCUCAGAUUCGUCUCCUGUGGAAGGUGCCUUCAAGCUAAAACCCCGAAGUAGAGGCAAGUAAUUGCAUUCAAUUGCACAUUGAUUCGAUCAAUAAGAACAAAUUAGGGAAGAAGAAAUGAAUGCGUCAGCUUUUAUUUAUGAAAAUUUAAGUUGUUUCCUUCGCAGUCACUGGUCGAAUUAUCCUUUUUCCUCCCACAUUAGUUGCAUUGCAUCAUCAUCAUCUACUAACAAAGAAGCUGUAAAUUAUGAGAAUGGACAAAUUUUCCGGUUAAUUAGCUUGAGGUUGAGGAGCCAGGUUUAUUGAACAUGAAAGACUCUUAUUUGUAAUGUGGUAGUAUAGUGAGCUGUAAUUACGUUGGCAGAAUGCUAUUUAUUACUCUGAAGAUUGAUAAAGCAAUUACCGGCCCUCAAAUGCGGUAAGCAUAAGCUAACAGGCUGCC